AUGGACCCAAGUCUGCGCACAUCGGCCACCGACACUCUACGGGGAGCCAGUAGCGCUGAUGUAUAUAAUGACUCGGCCUUUGCCCGUCCCAUGGGUGGCCAAACCAGCCGGGAGCUACGCAGCAACCGUAACGAAAAACGCGGGCUCGAGGGCAGGGGUGCUACGGCAACCACGUCGGACGAGACAGUCGAGGGCCGGGCUCGCGCUCUUGGAGCGGACCUGCCGGAGGGUGUGGAGAGGGGCAUUCGGGACAAGGGUCCCGGAGCCGAGGACAGGCAACCGGCUUCGGCAACCGAGAUAGCCUCCGAGAAGAGCCGUGCAUGA